AUGGGUGGAGUGUUUUCUACCACGAAGCCCCAACCCGAGACCGUGGACUCCCCAAACGGCAACGGCAACUGCAACGAAAAUGGGGGAAUAAUUAGCUGCUGUGGGACCUCAUACGACUACUAUAUGGAAAUGAAUAAAAGCACCAAACGCUACAACGCAUAUGGGUUACAUGUUAUUGUGAAACCGGAUGCAGAUAUUAUUGAUAUGGCCUUCCUUGGAUUGGAUAAAUUUACGCCACCAAAGCACCGCUUUAAAGAUCAGGACGUGGAAAAUAAAUUUUGCUCCCUCCUUCGCAAGUCUGGGGGGAGGUAUUGGCCUAGCAAUAUCCAUUAUUUUGAGAGCACUGUCGUCGACCCAACGAUCGCAGAGCCCGGGGAUGGGCUACAGUGGUUUUUCGCAUGGCCUGAUAUUGAGGAACAUCCAAGUGCAAGGAACCUGAGCUCCUACGAGGUUAAUCCCGGAGGCGAAGAAUUUAUAGAGGAGAACGGUGUUUGGGCAUUGUAA